UUCAUUUGGUUUUAUGAUUAGAAUUACUGUGGAUGUUUUAUACUUAUAUCGUGUACCUUACGUCACUACAUAGGAUUAAAAUUAAAUAACGUAACGAGUGUUGCAAAGGAACAGAAAACAAGCUGCUUUAUUGUAGUAAAGACAUAUUUGCACUGCUAUUGUGCACUAGGUAGAAAAUCAGGUGUUCCGACGUCUUUCAGUACCAAUUCAGUAUUCAUCUUCCAGGCAAAAAGGCCUGCUUCCUCAAACUUAAGUUUUAUAACUACUGAUGCUCCAGGUUUACAUUCUUAUUUUACUUAUUCUAACAGGCUAUCUGCUGCAUCUUCCAUACAGGUAUGGUUAUUAUAAUUAUUCUGCAUAUAUUUAAGGUUUACUAUAUCUCAGUUUAUGUUUUUCACAUAUGGCUUUCCUUUGGCUUCAUCAGCCAACCUCGUCAAUGUAACAUCCAAUUCUUGAUAUUGGAACAUCUAAAAAAUUUGGCAAAAAACAAAGUGAAGAUCUACCUACCUACCUACCUAUCCGGUCACUCAUUUUUCCAAUGUUUAAAGGCAUUUUAAAAGAUUUUUUUAAAAUCCAGUCUUUAUUACUUUAUCGGUAAUUCAAAGGUAUGAACGUGUACCUAAUACUCUUUCCUCUUCCUAUGUGAGGUAGGUUGGGCUGAGAGAGAGUGACUGGCCCAAAGUCACCAAGCUGACUCUCAUCAUGCCUAUGGUGGGACUAGAACUCACAAUCUCCCUAUUUCUAGGCCAGCAUCUUCACUUCUACUCCAUUCUUCCUCCUCCUCUUCCUCCUAUUUUUGUGAUUUUUGUAAUGUGUUAGUAACCGGAGAGUAAAACUAUUCAAGAGAUAAUAACCAACUGAAGUCAGCUUUUGUGAUGUGGGGCACCACUGCCUUCUUCCUGCCUUCCAGAUUUGGGGCUCUUGUUUUAAGUUUCUUCUGCCUGCAGAGCUGACGCCAAUGCCAGCCUGGCAGCUUCCCCUGGGCUAUGUUUAUCUGAGUGAUGUGCAUAGUCUGGGUAGAGCCUCCUCCUUUUUCUGAAUCCUGGCACCAGGCCUGGCAUUUUUCUUGACUUUGGUGCAGGCAGAUCCUUCAGCAUACUGAAUCAGGUGUCAGUUAGGCUGGUAAUUAGAAAAUCUUGGGACUGCAGACACUUCAGUACAUCUGUAGCCAUACAAUAACAACAAUUUAUGUUUUUCCUAUCAUGCUGUAAAAAAUUGAAAUAGAAGUAAUUGGCAGGUGAACAAGAAGGAAAUCUUACAAAUGUUUGGCACAUUUUGUGCUUAAAGAAUUGACGAACGCUUUUCUUUUUUUUUUUUUUGGCAAUUUCCUUUAACCAUGCUGCAGAAGUGGCAGCUUUUAAAUUUUUGGUAUUGUGUAUUUUGUAUAUUAAUUUACAGAUAGCAGCUGAAGCAACAUGAAGAAAUAUAUCUCCCUAUUGCCAUUUAUAACAUCUUCCCCCAGUCAGUUAUCUCUUUAACUGUUAAUGAAACAUUUUUGAAGAGGAAACCUUGAAAUCUGCAGUAUUUCCAUAGAGGUCAGUUCUUUAAAAAAGUCUGCUGGGGUUUCCUCUGUGUUUAUCAUUGAUACUUUGACUUUGAUGGAUUUUAUUUUAUUUUAUUUUAACUAGUUUGAAGUAGUAGUAUUGUUGUCUCUCCCCCAGGUGAGAUAGCAAAAAUACUUGAAAUAAUGGAGAAUUUGUCUAAAAGGAUUAUGAAGAACAACAGGAAGAAGGAUUGGGAAGAGGCCACAUGUAAUAAGAUAUUGGUGUCUGGGUAGGCUGGGUAUGAAGGAAUUAUGCAUGAUAAGCAGAGUGCUGAGACUGUUCUGAAAGUUUGCAGGACAUUAAGUUCUUUCCUUUGCCCCAGGAGUUGUACCAGAGCAGUCAAUCUAGGCCCAAGUCUCUUCUCAGUGGAGAGCUGGGAUUUGAUAUACUGAGGUGUCACACAAGGGAGGGACUCUGCAUAACACUCCCUCCCCAAUUAUACUCCACCUCCCUGAGUGUAAGCCAAGAUCCUCUUAACUCUCCCAUCUCCUUAGCAACUGCAUUAAGCAAAUCGAUUUAGUUGGUGUCAUUGGAAUGGGAUGGGAGGGCAGGGCUCCUGCUGCACAUCUCGCUUCCCUUCUGUUCAUAUAAGCUUUCUUUGGUCUGCCACACUCCCUCCCGCCUUUUUUCUUCUUUGUAAGCCAAGCAAAUGUAGCUUAGAGUCCAAGCCUCUGAGCUAAUAAGGGCAAACUCCCUCUCCUUCUUCUCCUCUGUGACUUCUUUAGGCAAAGUCCUUUGGGGAGGGCCAAAGAUGCCCUAGUACAGAUUCUGAUGCAGAGUGAUCUUACACAGCAGGAUUGAAAGCAGAGGCAUAGGAUGCAAGAAUCCACAACCGUGUGGGUAGCCCUGGCUAACUUGGGGUGAGGGAACAGAUUGGGUUGGGCUGGGGGCUGGAUGCCAUGAGUCCUUCUCACCAUGAACCUGGAAGGUCUGGAGAUGAUCGCUGUUUUGGUGGUUCUGGUCCUCUUCAUUAAAGUGCUGGAGCAAUUUGGGCUCUUUGAGCCUGUCUCCUUGGAAGACAGCAUAGAGGAUGAGUUUGAGCUCUCCACGGUUUGUCAUCGGCCUGAGGGUCUGGAACAAUUACAGGAACAAACUAAGUUCAGUCGCAAAGAGCUACAAGUCUUAUACCGAGGCUUCAAGAAUGAAUGCCCUAGUGGGAUUGUUAAUGAAGAGAGCUUCAAGCAGAUCUACUCACAAUUCUUCCCACAGGGAGAUUCUAGUACAUAUGCAACUUUUCUUUUCAACGCAUUUGAUACUGACCAUGAUGGCUCUGUCAGUUUUGAGGAUUUUGUAGCUGGUUUGUCCAUUAUUCUCCGUGGCACUAUAGAUGAUCGGCUCAGUUGGGCUUUCAAUCUCUAUGAUCUGAACAAAGAUGGCUGUAUCACCAAAGAGGAAAUGUUGGAUAUAAUGAAAUCCAUUUAUGACAUGAUGGGCAAGUACACUUAUCCAGCCAUGAGAGAAGAGGCACCCCAGGAACAUGUGGAAAAUUUUUUCCAGAAAAUGGAUCGGAACAGAGAUGGUGUGGUGACUAUUGAUGAAUUCAUUGAAUCCUGUCAGAAGGAUGAAAACAUCAUGAGUUCCAUGAAGCUUUUUGACAAUGUGAUCUAGCUGACCACACCUGGAGCCAAGACCAUCGUAUACACACUAGAGCUUCUUGGUGUAUCCUGAGGCACUCUUCCCUUGGCUGCAUGGACAAAGCAGGCCCAUUUUGUGGAGACAAUACUCAUGUAUUCAAGAUCCAACUGGGGUGGGAUGGGGAAUCCCUAGAAGGGGAAUGAAAUGGAAGUCAUUGUCUGGAUUCAAUAAGGCUAAGCGAGGAGUGUGUCCUAGAAUUUACAAGCUCUUAUUCUUGGAAAUUAACUACAAAAUGAAUUGUUGCCUCCCCACAAAAACUGCACUGACCUAUCACUAUAUAAUGUGCUUUUCCUUAAGACUUCUCAAAAUCACGGCAACCCCACGAUCCUGCAUUAGGGCUUUCAUACCCUCAAAUGGCAAUGUAAGCAUCAAUUUUUUUAAAACUCUUGUAAAUGCACUCUUACCUUCAAAGAAGGGAGUCUAUCUGAUCUGCACCAAGGUUCUCACAGCACAUGGAGUAUUAUUCUAAUGCUUCCAACAAGUGGAGGCAAUAUUUUUCAGAGUUAAGCUAUCUUGCAGUUCUGCUGUUACAUUCAACGGAACUCAGGUUUUCUGGAGAAAACUGCAGAAGAAUGGCAUUUUGCUUUGAAAUUUUUUUUGUUUGCAUCCACACAAAAAACAUGUGGUACUUUGUAUCACUCCAGACUGAAGUGCAAAAGAACCAUUUGCUUUUUUUUUUUUAGAAAUCAGGAGAUAAAAUUACAAAUUAUAAAUUAUGUUCAAUUUGCUAUUCAGAGAAAAAGUACUUAAGCAAAUAAUUGGGUCAAAACUUUUCACUGCUCCCUGUCUUAGUAAAUAACGUGCAAACAAAAGUAGAAACAGAGAAAUCUACUUAAUGGAAAUAUUUAGGUCAGAAUGCAAUCUAAAUCUGUUUCUAUGUGGCCUCACUGGAUGUGUCUCCAGAUGAUGAUGUUAUGAUCUUACUAUUAAUUACUUUCUGCAGCUAGAUACUCAACAGAAGUACCAAGAGCUCCAGCAUCCUUAAAUGAAAAACAAAGAGAUCAGCUAAAAGUUUUGGAUAGCAAUAUGCUUAAUGCCAUGGUAAUAUCUACGUGUGAGGGUUCUGGACUCUUGUGGCAUUAGGGCAGAAUUCAACAUUGUGCCUUGUCUUGGAAUUAUAUGUAUAGGCAGAUUACAAGCAGAAGUAUUGUCGGAUGGAAGGGGCACCAUAUGAGAGAAAUAGGAAAAAUAUAUAUGGGAAAACAGAGGGAGUUUUCCCUGGCUGGCUGUUCUUUUCCUAUGCCAACAAUCUCCUUUUUCUGCAAAGGAACUUUCCCUUAGCAUUUGCAAAAUGCUAUUUCUGUGAUUUUGUUUGCUGGUUUUGUUACUAUAGCAUUACCAUGAUAAACAGCCUAUGGGCCCUUCGGUUGUCAAAGCAUUACAAACAACGAACAACUUCAGAGCAUGCUUGCUCCAAGGAAAUGCCAGAUUUUAUACAGAAUAUAAAAGCAACACAGGAAUGUUGAAUAGGCACAACAGGGAUGCAGUAAAAAGACGGUAAUGGGGAAGUGCUAGGGAAAUCAUUAAUAGAGGAACAAGUGAUAAAAUGUAGGUCAUUUAUAAAACACUUUGAAAAAAAGCAAAGUCUGUUUUAAGGGCUUAAGUAAAAAUAAAAAUAAAUACAAGGGUGCUGAUAAUAGAGCAGCUGUGUAAACUCAGGAGUACAACAUGGAAGCUACAUUAAAAAGGAAGAGAAGCAGUAUGGAGUAAAAAUACAAGGAAAGAGGAGAAACUUAACACUGAAUACAUUGACAAUGGUCAAUUUAAGGGAAAAUGUAAUACGGCAAGAGAUGAGACCUCUUGGGACAUUCUGAAUAGAUCGGAGGAAAGAUGCCCAGCAGGAGGGAAUGAAGUAAUGAAGAUAUUAUACUGAAUUAAAAAAAGAGGCAAUAGGAAAAUAGUUAGGCUUUGUUAUUUAAAUUCAAAAGAAAACAAGCAGCAAACAUGAAAAUUCUAACAGAGGCAAAGCUGAAUCAUAACAGACAAAGAAGAUACAAAGUAUAUAGUUAUCACUAUAUACUACCUUUCCCCAAAAUGAUGCCCACAAAUUGACUGGCUAUUAGAGAUCUGAAAAAAUCUCGCCAGGCUCAAGGUUGACUCAGCCUUCCAUCCUUUCUAAGGUAGGUAAAUUGAGGACCCAGUUGUGGGGGCAAUAAGCUGACUUUGUAUAAAUAUACAAAAAGGAUGAAGGCUAUUACUUAGCACAUUGUAAGCCGCCCUAAGUCUCCGGAGAAGGGCGGCAUAUAAAUCAAAUUAAAAAAAAAAAUAUUUUGGACAAUACUGUUAUAUCUCAAGAAACCCUGCAGAAAUAUUACAACAGUAGCUUUUGAGAACUACCCAUCAAGCAUGGCCAUAUUAUAGAAGUUGCAGUCUUAAUAACUGAAAAGCAUUAGAUUGGGAAGAUGCAAAGGUAAUAUUUAAUAAAUAGAUGGCUAUUUCUUACCUUAACUCCCCUGAAAUAAAUGGUUUGUUCUAAUACACAAAUAUUAAAUUUAAUCCACAUUUCUUUUGUAAUGGCAGACUGCUCCGGUAUUUCCUCUUAAUAACCAGCCCUGAUAACUUCUGAUGUUUCUUUUUCAGUUUCAGAUUUUUACCUCAGCUAUUAAUAAUAAUUAGGGUACCUUGUCACACAAAGUAAGCUCCAAGGAUUUCUACUGUAGGAACUGCAAGAGGAAUAAAUAUUUCAUGAUUCCAAAAGAAGUGCAGGAAAUAUUGAAUUGAGUCUAGAAAUGGCAUAGGCUGGCUCAGGAUUUAUUAGCUAUGCAAACAGAUUGCCAUGUACAUUGUAGCCACAUAUGGCUCUUCCCCUUCUUGAGAUUAUUUUACAUUUUGGUAGUCCUUUACACCAUCAUAUGUAAAUUAUUAAGGAUCACUGGAAUCUAGUUUCGUAGACCAAGUUCAGUAUCACCCAUUAAGAUAUUUUAUUUUAAUUUUCUUCAAAGAAACAUUUUCUUAAUAUUUUGUAAUUUUGUUUGAUAUAAAAAAACUUAUUCUACUUACCAUAUUUUCUUAGUUUCCAUACUUCAUUUCCGCAAUCUCCUUCAAUGCUUCUGUUGGACUAACCUCAGAUGAAAGUCAAUUCAAUGUUCUUUAAUUCUCAAAGGCCUAAAAUAGUAGCAAGGGAGAGAAAAAAAAAUCACUUUAGUUCCCUGACCAUCUCCAAUGGCCACUCAGGUCAGCCAAAAUAAUUGGUAUUGCCUUACUAAUAGCUGCUUAUUAUUCUCCAAUUUUCCUUACAACAGUUGCCUAAAGAGAUAUGUGCUAUAAUUGAUAUAUGAUGUCAUCGGAAUUAGCUGUUUCUGUAUAUUGGCCAUUCAAUUUAACAUGCACAGCAUAUUACUAUUAGGUUUUCCAUACUGAGAGGGACAGAAAUGUCUUGCUGUGAUAUGGAAGCUCAACACAGCAUAGCAUGGAGGAAAGCUACACUUUAUGUUUCAUGAUUAAUAUAGAGAAAUGCCACAUGGUGGCAAGAUAUUUAAACUGGUACUGAUAAAUAUAACUGGAGCAAAGUCAGAGGAGUAGCUUCUGGCAUUUGCAUUAGAGGAGUUCCUCAGCCAAGAUGGAUAGAAAUAUGACUGUGUAUCAUUCUCUUAUACUAUUAUCAAAAUAAUUUAUUUUUAUUUUGCCUAACUAGAAUAUAUUUCUUAUUCAAAAGCAUGUAGGAUUGUCAAUACUUAUAUAGCCCAAUUUGCCAUUCAAACCAUUGCAGUCUUGCCUUUUUAAUCAGCAGAAGAUAUUUUCCCACUCCCAAGUAAAUAGUUAUCAUAUACAGUAAUUGUAAUCGUGAUUCCUUGGAACCAUGAACAACACAAGGAUUUACUCAGAGUACUUUUUUUGUUGCUGGCCUAUAGACAGGAAUAUUGGCAGACAAAAGCACAAUCUGCCUAACAAUUAAAUAUAUGCUAUGAAAGGUUAUGGAGAUUCCACUCCGGCCCUCUUCCUGCAUAGCAAGGAUUCCAGACUGAUUUACUCCUUGGGAAAGACCCCCUUCCCUUCUGCAAGUCUGCACCACAUUCUACCACAACAUCUCAUUUAUAGGAAAGAAGGGAAAUGAAGAAAUGUGCAUUGUGAUGUCAUAAUGUAAAUGUCACACUUUGUGUCAGAUAUUGGAUCUUAAGCAUUGUACAUAAUUGCCACCUAGAGUUGCCAUGUGUGAGAUGGGUGGCUAUAUAAACCUGUUAAAUAAAUAAAUGAAAUAUUUGCAACAUUUAUGUAAUGACACCAUUAUGCACCUAUCAUCAUUUUGGCAUCAUUACAGUUCGUUGCACAUAGAGGUGAACUCAUUCCUCUAUUUUCUCUUAAUUCAGAUGCAAUUUUAGAUCUAUAGGAAAUUAUCCUGUAAACAAAUAAGGAACUCCACAUCAAUUUUCUGAUCACAAUGAACUCUACAGAUCUUUUGCCAUCUGGUUAAAAUAAGGGCUUUAUCCCCAUUUGAGGAAGCAAUUCUUCAUGCAAGGGUAUUUCACAUUUGAAAAUAGUGUCUUAGGCAAUAUAUAAAAUUUCAGUGAAUGCAGAUUGUCUUCCUAAUAUCCAAAAAAAGUAAGUUUUCACAAUUAUGGAUGGUACAAUUUAUGAAUUUACUCACAAUCACUUCUGCAGUGCAUGUUUAUGGGUAAAGUGAGAGUUUCAAUUUGCUUUAGAGAAAUGAACAAAUUAUUUUAUAAAACAGGAUAUCAUGUGCCCUUCUCAUUUGGCAAUACAUUUGCUAUUUUCCUCAUCAUAUUGACCUGAUUUGGUUCAUAAAUUGACUCUGCAAACCUACACAAUUCCUUCUGAAUUUGGUCUUUCCACAUGUUCAAGUCUUAUCAUUGCCAAUCAGCAGUCCAUUAAACUAGACAGGGAUGAUAGGAUUGAUAACUCAAUACAUCUGGAAGGGUUAGUUUGCAAAAGUCUGUUCUUAUCUAUCUUUCAACCUGACAUAUUGGUUCAAUAUGUCUCCAUAUUAUUUAUUGAUAAUUGCAAUUACAGUAUGCUUUUGAGUAGAUAUUAAAUACAUGUGUGGGGCUAUAUUCAGUUCUGGAAGUUGGAGACUGAUGACUCUGUUGACUAUUCCUUACUCACAUACUAGCUGCUUCCUUCUACCUGUCUGUCAUUACAAUCAGUAGUGGGACCAAGCAGCCUAAUUCCACUGCACAAGCUCUGCUAUCAGCUUUGCAUUUUCAUCUGUAUAUUUUGUAUAAUAACAAUCAGAUAUAACAAUAAAAUGCACACCUAAUGGCUAUGCACAAACACCAUA